AUGUCAGUUGUUAUACCAGAGAUUGUAAUCAGAGACUUGUCGAAAUACGAAGAAAGUGAAUUCGAGGGUAGCCCACGAUGGAGCAUUAUUCGAAACAAUGCUGGUCUACAGUUGCAAAUGUUUUGGCAAGCGAAAUCUGACGAUGAAGAAAUCAAGGAAGAGAAUGGAAAUGUUGUCGACUACCCGAUUCCUCGAAAAAACAAGAGAAAAAGGAACCCGAUCAAAAUUGAAAAGACUUCAGAGGAUGAACGAGCUGACGGAUCUGCCAGAACAUCUUUAGAAGACAGUGAAACAUCCAGCGAGAUGGUAGAAGUCGACACUGCGUUGCGACCGGAACAUCUGAGCCAGCUUCACGCAUACCUUGCUAACUCAAUAUCAAACUCUUUAUCAUCAAGUACUUCAUCUUCUUCGUCACUGCCAGCUCUUCCCAGCACGCGUGGAUUGGAGGGACUUAUCAAUCUCAGAGGCGUUUCUCUACCUGAUGAUACUGCAGUUAAUGCGAAUCCACCUCGCCCGAAUAAACGCAGAAGCCCAGCUCCUCGAUUUUAUCCACUGACAGACCCUGUUGUCAAAUUUCUUCAAGAAACUCUCGUUGAAGAUACUCAAGGGCGCGUGGCUUGCUCUGAUCUCAGUGACUUAUCCGCCCAGAAGUUUGGCAAUGCAAUCAACAUGGUCUCAAUGGGUAUGAAACUGCGGUUUCUCUACCCUAAUGUGACACGAGUCAAAAUCAACAAUCGAGCAUUUUAUACCAACGUCAAAGUCCGUGCUGGAGUUUCCUAA